GAUAAAUGAAGAAGAGUGAGUCUCUUUCUUUCGUUCGAUAACAUUUUUCGUCAGUCCCCAAUUUUGCUUCCUUCCCGGCAUGGAAAUCGACUCCGAGAAGACUCACGAACGGAAGCAAUCCGAUUACACUUCCCUGCAGGAUGAGCGGUUCGAGAUACAAAAGGAUAUGUACAGAGGGCAGCAAUACAGUCAGAUUUACUUCGUCCGUCUUCACCUCAUGAGAACUCUUCUCUACUCCCUUGCCCCUUCCUGGAAACCCCAUUUGCCUGUUUGCAAGGUGUUGGGACUUGAGGAAGGAAAGGAAUGCAUCAUUGUGGGCACCUUGUUCAAGCAUAUGAAGCUUAAACCUUGCGUUCUUGAUGAAUACUCUAAAGAGAGGUCUGUUACUCCUCUUGUUAAGCCUCAUAACUUCAUGCACCCUGAUGAUAGUCUUAUCCUAGAAGACGAGAGUGGUAGAGUUAAGCUUGGCGGCUCUGCUCUUUCGCCUCCAGUUUAUGUCACAGGUGUUGUUGUUGCAUUGCACGGGAAGGAAACUAGUGCUGGUGAGUUCGUUGUUGAAGAUGUGCUAGAAGCUGGUUUACCACCUCAGUUAGAGCGUCCUUUGGAUCAUCUAAAGGAAGAUAAAUACGUUUUACUAGUGUCGGGUCUCUCCAUUGGAAGCAAUUCGUCUAAUCCUCUGCUAUUUCAGCUUCUUGUUGACCAUAUAACUGGGCAUGUCUCUGAUGAUGAGGAGCUAGGCCUUGCAGCGCAGAUAGUUCAUGUGGUGAUUGCUGGAAACUCUGUUGAAUUCCCCCGUAAACUCUUAACUGGACAGAACAUGGCCUCAAAAGAUCAAUCAACACUGUAUGAGCCCAUCAAAGAGCUUGAUAUCAUGUUAAACCAGAUAGCUGCAGGAGUUUCAGUGGAUAUAAUGCCAGGCCUGAAUGAUCCAGCUAACUUCGCAUUACCUCAGCAGCCUCUGAACAGAUGCCUUUUCCCUGGAUCAGCACCUUAUAACACGUUCAGAUCAUGUACAAAUCCUCACUCAUUUGACGUCGAUAAUAUCAGAUUUCUUGGUACUUCUGGUCAGAACAUUGAUGACCUUGACAAGUACUCAGAGGCUGAAAGCAAGCUUGAUUUCGUCGAAAGAACACUGAGGUGGAGGCAUCUUGCUCCCACUGCACCUAAUACGCUAGGUUGUUAUCCUUUCACGGAUAGAGACCCUUUCUUGAUUGAAACUUGCCCUCAUGUUUACUUCGUUGGGAAUCAAGACAAGUAUGACAGCCGUUUGGUAAAAGGGUCAGAAGGUCAGCUGGUGAGGUUGAUCUGCAUUCCUAAAUUCUGUGAGACCGGUGUUGCUGUUGCGGUGAACCUAAGGAAUCUGGAAUGUCAUACUCGUAGCUUUAACAUUCAGUUAUAAUGUUAAUCACAACAAUGAAUUGCUACCUUUUGGUAAAAUCUUAGAUCUCCAAGGUCCUAACAAACAGAUGUAUUUUCUUUAAGACGUACUUUUGUCAAAUCUUUGGAUUUGUUGUAUUAUUUUCUUAAGAAUCUGAUACAUUAAUCUUUUUAGUAUUUACAAUGCAAAUGUUGCAACAUGA